AAGAAACUAAACAAAUGACAAGAAACACGGAGCAUCAAUUCCCGCUAUUUCCGUUAUGAUUUUUCUCAGUCGUCUAAGCCUAUCUUUUCUUCACAAAAGCAAGAAAGAUAAAACAAAAAAAGAAGAAAAUAAUAAUGUUUGUUUUGGUUGGCAGGGCUAAUUAGACCUUAUCAUGGAGAAGAACCGGAACUGUGAAAAGUCUGGUAGCUUCUCUGGAAUUGGCAAAAGAAGGAGCCAUAGUAUAUCAGAGUCCGUUAGUUUUAAAUUAGAUGGUCCGGAGCCAAAGGAAUGUGAUGAGAAUCAAAAUCCCGCUGAGUUAUCCUUGGAACCCGAUUUGAAGCAUGAUCAGAUCCUGGAAGAGGUUGAUCAAUUCAUUGAAAAGUUAGAUUCCGAUGGAGGUGAAUGCAAAGCCCCAGAAAUUCCGAAUUCUAUCGAGCCAUUGCUGAAGAAGUUCGAGUCCAGGAUUGCAGGAUAUGAACAGAGGGAAGCAUCAGCAAAGUUUGGCCACAACCAGGAGGAAGAUUCCUCAUUUUUUGCAGCUAUAAGCCGCGUUUCGAGGAUCGUAAAAAUUCUUGAUGAAUUCCCGUUUGAUUCAGGUGCAACUUCUUGCUAUAAUCAAGCAGGCUCUGUUCACCAUCGAGCCAUGUUGUUAUUGGACUACGAGUUACGUGCUCUCCUGGACAAUUCUAAACGAAUCUGCAACAUAAAUAGAGAUCCAAAAACUCCAAAGACUCCCAAGCAAUCUUUCUUCAACUCCAAUCACGAGUUGGAUCGAUGCAUCCGACCCGAAUCCGACCCCAAAAAGGAGGACGAAUUUCCAUCUUUUUCACCGGAAUCAAUCUCCAACAUGAACCAAAUAGCCACCGCAAUGAUCUCUGCAGGGUACGAGGCAGAAUGUUGCAUUUCUUACAGUGGUCUGAGGCUAAAAGCACUGGAUGUCGAGUUGAACAAGCAAGGGUUCGAGAAUAUCAAUGUGGACGAUGUUCAAAGGAUGCAUUGGGACUCACUUGAAGGAGAGAUCGCUAAUUGGAUUCAAAUUGUCAAGCAUUGCUCCACGAAUCUCUUUUCCGCUGAACGCAAGCUUUGCAACUCGGUAUUUUCAGAACAUCCUUUGAUCGCUCAGAGAUUGUUCGGGAAUCACGCAACGUUCGUGACCGUAAGGCUUCUUAAUUUUGCAAAUGCUGUGGUGUUGACCAAACGAUAUUCUUCGGAGAAACUAUUCAAGUUUUUAGAUAUUUAUGAGACAUUGCAUGAUUUGGUUCGGCAUUUUGGUGAUGACUCAUGGGCCCCGGAUUUGAUAUUCGAGACAUCUGUGACACAAUGCAGGGUGGGUGAAGCCGUGGUGAGCAUUUUCUGUCAGCUUGAGAAUUCAAUCAAGAGUGAUAAUGGGAGAAUCCCUGUGGCCAGUGGUGCAGUUCACCCCUUGACUCGCUAUACAAUGAAUUAUCUAAAAUACGCUUGUGAGUACAAAGACACGUUGGAGCAAGUAUUCCAACAGCACUACAAGAUGGAGGAAUCUACCAGGCAGAAAUUUGAGGAGCAGGAGUCCGAGAAUGCCAUCAAAGAUGACGGAAGCCCCAAAACCUCCCCCUUUUCAGUAAAGUUAAUGAUGGUCAUGGAUUUGUUAGAUGCCAACAUUGACAUGAAAUCGAAGCUGUAUAGGGACCCAGCAUUGCGUUACGUUUUCUUGAUGAAUAAUGGGAGGUAUAUUUUGCAGAAGGUCAAAGGGUCCGCGGAGAUCUGUGAAAUGAUGGGUAAUUCUUGGUCGCGGAAACGAACUACGGGCUUAAGGCAGUACCAUAAGAACUAUCAAAGAGAAACAUGGAGCAAGGUUCUACAGUGCAUAAACCAUGAGGGUUUGCAAGUGAAUGGGAAAGUGUCAAAGACUAUAUUGAAAGAAAGGUUCAAGAACUUCAACACUUUGUUUGAUGAAAUCCACAAAACGCAAAGCACUUGGGUGGUGAGCGACGAGCAGCUUCAAUCGGAGCUUAUAGUUUCGAUAUCGGCCGUGGUGAUUCCAGCAUACAGGUCCUUUCUGGGGAGAUUCAAGUCAUAUGUUGAUUACGGUAGACAAGCAGAGAAAUACAUAAAGUAUCAGCCAGAAGACAUUGAGGGGUUGAUUGAUCAAUUAUUUGAUGGAAAUUCGACAUCAAUGGGGAGGAGGAGAACAUAAUUAGUUUAAGUCACUGAAAACGAGCAUAUAUAUAUUUGCUUGGGAAGAUGAAGAAGAUCAUGGCCGGUCCCUGCUGCUUCGUUUAAUUCAUGUCUACUUCGUUGUUGUCUCAUAUACACGACGCAUUUGCUGUAAACUACUUUUAAAAAAUCUGAACAUAAGCUUGAAAUUUUACAACAACUUUUGCAACUAUAUUUGGAGCA